CCACAUUUCGAAGAUCAAGGCAUUGGUGUUCAGUGGGGAAGCAGAAGGUGCAUAUGCUGUAACCAUGACCACUGAAGUAGGCUCCGCAUCUGAAGUGAAGAAGGAAUCUGAGCCAUUAGGAGCAGAUGCCACCAAGGAAAAACCUAAAGAAGUAGCAGAAAAUCAGCAGAAUCAGUCCUCUGAUCCAGAGGAGGAAAAACGUUCCCAGUCUUCUCCUAUAGCUAAAAGCCAAAGUAGUCCACGCCGCCAGAAGAAAGAGAGGGAUCCGUCUGAGAGCAGGGGCAUUUCUCGAUUCAUACCCCCAUGGCUUAAGAAACAGAAGUCCUAUACCUUAGUAGCGGCUAAAGACGGAGGAGAUAAAAAAGAGCCUGCCCAAGCUGCCGUGGAGGAGGUUUUAGACCAAGAGGAAUCUCUUCCUGAAGGAGAAAGGCAGGCCAAGGGCGAUGUUGAAGAAACCUCUCAGAGAAAGCAGCAGGAGGUGAAAGUUGAUGUCAAGGAAGAGAAGCCCUCUGUGAGCCGUGCUGAGGCACAGGUAUGUUUGAGAACGAAUUGUCUGGAACCUGCUGAAGAGGUAAGGAAGGAGAGAGAAGAGAAGACGAAGGAAAUGCAAGAAGACAAGUCAGAAGAAGCAGCAAAGAGGGAGACCAAGGAAGUGCAGACCAAUGAGCUAAAAGCAGAGAAGGCCUCCCAGAAAGCCAGCAAGAAGACCAAAACAGUCCAGUGCAAAGUGAUCCUCCUGGACGGCACCGAGUACAGCUGUGACCUGGAGAAACGUGCUAAGGGACAAGUGUUAUUUGACAAAGUGUGUGAACAUCUCAAUCUUCUGGAGAAGGACUACUUUGGACUUCUAUUUCAGGAAAGCCCUGAGCAAAAAAAUUGGCUAGAUCCUGCAAAAGAAAUAAAGAGACAACUGCGAAAUCUUCCUUGGCUGUUCACCUUUAAUGUGAAGUUUUAUCCUCCUGAUCCUUCUCAGUUGACUGAAGAUCUCACCAGAUACUUCUUGUGCCUUCAGCUUCGGCAGGACAUUGCCUCUGGCCGCCUGCCUUGCUCGUUCGUGACGCACGCCCUCCUGGGAUCUUACACACUGCAGGCUGAACUUGGGGACUAUGAUCCGGAAGAACAUGGCAGUAGUGACCUCAGUGACUUCCAGUUUGCCCCCACACAGACGAAGGAGCUGGAAGAGAAGGUGGCAGAGCUGCAUAAAACCCACAGGGGCUUAUCUCCAGCACAAGCUGAUUCUCAGUUCUUAGAAAAUGCAAAGAGGCUCUCCAUGUAUGGUGUUGACCUACAUCAUGCCAAGGACUCGGAAGGCGUGGACAUCAAGCUGGGUGUGUGCGCUAACGGGCUCCUCAUUUACAAAGACAGACUGAGAAUCAAUCGUUUUGCUUGGCCGAAAAUCUUGAAAAUAUCCUAUAAGCGCAGUAACUUCUACAUUAAAGUUAGGCCGGCAGAGCUCGAACAAUUUGAGAGCACCAUUGGAUUCAAACUGCCAAACCAUCGGGCAGCAAAAAGACUAUGGAAAGUGUGCGUGGAACAUCAUACCUUUUACAGGCUUGUGUCUCCAGAGCAGCCACCAAAGGCCAAGUUCCUGACCUUGGGGUCCAAAUUCCGCUACAGCGGCCGUACCCAAGCCCAGACCCGUCAGGCAAGCACCCUCAUUGAUAGGCCAGCGCCACACUUUGAGCGUACCUCUAGCAAACGUGUCUCCAGGAGUCUAGAUGGAGCUCCAGUUGGUGUUGUGGAUCAAAGUCUUAUGAAGGAUUUUCCUGGACCUGCUGGGGAGGUUUCAGCAUACGGCCCUAGAGUUGUCAGCACUGCUGUGGUACAAGAUGGGGAUGGCAGGAGGGACCUCAGAAGCCCGACUAAAGCCCCACAUGUGCAAUUCAUUGAAGGAAAGAAAAAUUCCCUGAGAGUAGAAGGGGAUAAUAUUUAUGUCAGACAUAGCAAUUUAAUGUUGGAGGACCUCGAUAAGGCCCAGGAGGACAUACUGAGACAUCAGGCUAGCAUUAGUGAACUCAAGCGCAAUUUUAUGGAAUCCACACCUGAGCCGCGCCCUAAUGAAUGGGAAAAACGACGUAUCACACCUCUGUCCCUACAGACACAAGGGAGAAAAGGAGACCAUCUUUUCAAGGAUAUUUUAUCCGUGAAGGAGAAGCAUCAGAUGGCAGCCACACGGGCAGUUGAAGAAAAAGUCCAGGAGGCAGACAAGAAACGCGCUCCCGAGUCAGAAGGGCCUUGCAGUGGAGCCUGUGAUGCUGUUGAGAGUUCACAUGAGACUCUGAAUGUAGUGGAGGAGAAGAAGCAGGCAGAGGUUGGGAAAGACGAAAGAGUAAUCACGGAAGAAAUGAACGGUAAAGAGCUAUCACCUGGGAGUGGUCCUGGGGAGAUGCGUAAGGUGGAGCCCCUGACCCAGAAAGACUCCACCUCCCUGUCUUCUGAGAGCAGCAGCAGCAGUGAGAGCGAGGACGAAGACGUGGGCGAGUACCGGCCCCACCACCGUGUGACCGAGGGCACCAUAAGGGAAGAACAAGAGGAGGAGGAGGAGGAAGAAGAGGUGGAGGAUGAAGCCAGCCGAGCAGCCAAGGUAGUAGAGAGGGAGGAAGCGGUACCAGAAGCCAGCCCAGUCAGACAAGCAGGUGCCAGUGUAAGCACAGUAGAAACAGUGACCCAGGAAAAUGUAGUUGCCCCAAAGAUAUCUGCAGAGAAGAGUGUAAAUGAAGGCGCCCUUAAGCAAGACAUGCGCGAAGAAACAGAGGACGAGCAACAUAAAGUUAACGGAGAGGUGUCUCAUGUUGACAUUGAUGUUUUGCCACAAAUUAUUUGUUGUUCAGAGCCACCAGUGGUAAAAACAGAGAUGGUAACAAUUUCUGAUGCCUCACAAAGGACAGAAAUCUCCACCAAGGAAGUCCCUAUUGUCCAAACUGAGACCAAAACCAUCACAUAUGAGUCUCCACAGAUUGACGGCGGGGCCGGUGGUGACUCGGGGACAUUACUGACAGCACAAACCAUCACAUCUGAGUCCGUGUCGACAACGACAACAACACAUAUCACCAAGACUGUGAAAGGUGGAAUAUCUGAAACAAGAAUUGAGAAACGCAUCGUGAUCACGGGAGAUGCAGACAUCGAUCAUGACCAGGCGCUGGCCCAGGCCAUCCGGGAAGCCCGAGAGCAGCACCCGGACAUGUCGGUCACGAGAGUGGUGGUGCACAAGGAAACGGAGUUGGAGGAAGGGGAAGAGUAAGGAAGAAAUUCCAUUUUUUAAACAACGCUCAACUUUGUGAACCUGAAGAAUUUUGAUCAUCCCAAGUCCUAAUGCCACACCACUACUCCAGCGAAUUUAUACUACGACUGGUAACAAUGACCAGAAGGACCAGAAGCCUGAAGAAUUAAAAUGCCAACAACCAAACCUUACCUUAACAGCUCUGGUCUAUACUGUUCCCUCGCAUUUUAAUACAUUAUUUUGUUUUAUAACCACUUCUAAAUAUUCUUGAUUCUUUCUUCUU